UGGAGUGAACUUUGCCAGACAGUGACUGAAGUCCAAGAUCACUCCUUGCUUCGGCUCUCUGUGUCCUUGAAUUGGUCCUUUAUGGCUUUUGGGCUCUUCUGAGAGUCAUUCACGUCAAAUCACAUUGCAAAAUUAUUGGUUGGAGGUAGGGAUGGCAGAUAGGAAAAUCAGCAACGGAGGUGACAUUGUUAUCAAUGUUCCAGAGAAAGAAGGAUCUAAAGACCCAACAGCAUCUCCUUCUUCCAACGUAGCGGCUUCACCAAAGCCAAACACAGGGACUACAAAACUGGAGCCGUUAAGCAUUCCCGCCCCUGAAAUCUACAAGCUCUCUGGUAGCGUUCACAAGCCGCCUAAGACUCCAAGUCCUAACACUAAAGGUCUAACUCGGAGGAGAUCAGUUUACUCCAAAUCCAACUCAAGGUUUGGGCAACAACAGUCUUACCGUUACGAUAAGACUAUAGUAGAGGAGAAUGGUGGAACAACCCCAAAGGAACAUUUUGGUGCAGCUUCAUUUUCAAGAGCUUCUUUCAACAGGGCUUCACAAAGUAACCGAUCUAAUAGGAGCAUUAGCUCAGCUCUGAGUAAAGUUUCUGAAGACGAAGCUGAUGAAAAUGAAGAAAUCUACAAAAAGGUUAAGCUACACCAAGGGAAACGUAGUGUAAUGAAUCCUCUGGCUCUGCUUGAGUUGUUAAUCUUUGUUGCCAUUCUGUGCCUUUUGGUUGUGAGUUUAACCAUUGAUAGGAUGAAGGAGCAUUGCAUUUGGGGACUAGAAGUCUGGAAAUGGUGCGUGCUCGUGAUGGUGACGCUUAGCGGCAUGUUCGUGACGAACUGGUUCAUGCAUAUAGUGGUGUUCAUCAUAGAAAGGAACUAUCUCCUACGUAAAAAGGUUUUGUACUUUGUGCAUGGUUUGAAAAAGAACGUUCAAGUCUUCAUUUGGUUCAGCUUGGUUCUUGUUGCAUGGGUAUUUCUAUUCGACGAUGACGAUACACGCUCUCGUAAGACCAAGAAGUUUCUAGACAAAAUUACUUGGACCAUUGUCUCUCUUCUGGUCGGGUCAAUCAUUUUCUUGGUGAAGACAUUUGCCUUGAAAGUUCUUGCUUCAAAGUUCAACGUCAGAAACUUCUUUGAGAGGAUUCAAGAGUCUGUCUUCCACCAGUACAUUCUCCAAACUCUCUCGGGACCUCCUCUUAUAGAAGAGGCGGAGAAAGUUGGGCGCGAGCCAAGCACGGGACAUCUUAGUUUCACCAGCACCAAUGGAACGGUGAAAGAGAAGAAAGUGCUCGAUAUGGGAAAAGUUCACAAGAUGAAACAAGAGAAGGUCUCUGCAUGGACAAUGAGAGUGUUGAUGGAAGCCGUGGGAGCGUCAGGUCUCUCGACCAUAUCUAACACUUUAGAUGAAGUCACUCAUCGGAAAGAGAAAACUGAUAAAGAGAUAACUAAUGAGAUGGAGGCUGUGGCUGCUGCUUAUGAUAUCUUCAACAAUGUUGCUCAGCCAAAUUCUCAUUACAUUGAGGAAGAUGACUUGCUAAGAUUCAUGAUCAAGGAAGAGGUGGACCUUGUACUCCCAUUGAUAGAUGGUGGCGAGACUGGGAAAAUUACACGCAAUGCUUUUACAGAAUGGGUGAUCAACGUUUACACAAGUCGGAAAGCAUUAGGACAUUCACUGAACGACACGAAAACAGCGGUUCGACAGGUGGACAAACUUAUAACCGGAGUCAUGUCCGUCAUCACCUUCAUCGUUUGGUUGGUACUUCUGGAUAUAGCAACAACCAAGUUUCUAUUGGUAUUCUCCACGCAAUUCGUGGGACUUGCUUUCAUGAUCGGAAGCACUUGCAAGAAUAUCUUCGAAUCAUUUGUGUUUGUCUUCGUGAUGCACCCUUAUGACGUCGGUGAUCGUUGUGUUAUCGACGGAGUUAUAUUGCUGGUUGAAGAAAUACAUCUAUUAACGACCGUGUUCCUCAAGAUUGACAACGAGAAAGUUUUCUAUCCUAAUGCGACUUUGAUAUCAAAACCAAUAAGCAACUUCUACAGAAGUCCGGAUAUGGGAGAUUCAGUAGAGUUUUCCAUCGCAUUCUCAACCCCAGCCGCGAAAAUCGCCACUCUCAAGGAAAAAGUAGCAGAAUACUUGGUGCAGAACCCACACAAUUGGUAUCCAGAACCAUUGUUGAUGGUGAAGGCGAUUGAAAACGUGAACAAGCUGAAUUUGAACGUGCUCUUCCAACACACCAUCAACUUCCAAAACUUCGCGGAGAAGAAUCUCAGGAGAACCGAGAUGGUCAUCACCCUCAAGCGAAUCCUCGAGGAGCUAGAGAUCGAUUACACACUUCUUCCUCAACAAGUUCAUCUCACCGGUCAAAAAUGAUCAUUUGUUCCUUCUUUCCUUUUGCAUUGAUAAUUUCCACUAGCUAGUACUUGUUAUUACAACAUGAUUUGCUUCGUGUUAUAAUAGCAUGCGAAUUAAUUUCCGAUUACGUAUGUCUUUAAAUCCUAAACUCGUAUUAAAACAUAUUUGAGUAACUGUAAAAUGUAAAACUUUAUUGUUUCUAGACGUUCUACUGUAUGCAGUCAGUACCAUCAAGUAGCAUGUAGUUCUUGGAUAUUGGAGGCCCACAAUAGGACUAUAAUAACCAGAUGGGGAUUGGGUCUAAAACCUAUUAAGUGGUCUUCAAGUAUGACGAUGACUAGAUUUAUCUUCGUCUUGGGAGAUUAGACCAUAUAUUUAUUUGCAUGUUUAAUCCUUGCAUGUUCUUAAGGAAACUAGAAAUUAUCAAACAUUUUUUGUUAGGUGACAAUGAUCACAAACGACUUUUCAAAAUGAUAAAAUACACGAUGUGAGUAAACGAUUAAACCAUAUCGCAUGUUAAAAACCAAAUCCUUUUAAUUAAUAGGAUAUACAGAGAAAUGUUUAGAUUUGAUAAAUGGUCGGCGCGCGGCAGUUCAGAAAAGAAAAGAAAAGAUAAAUGGUCGGCGUCUUACAUGCUCCCAACUCAACUACGUAACCCCUCUUCAGAAGAUAAAUUUGAAAUUAGCAAGUCCAUUUUGAACAUGACUGAUCAUGAUAUAUAGCCUAUAGUGAUCUGGGGUAGUAUGUUUUACCAUUCGGAUAUCGGGUAUUACCCGAUCGGGAUUUGAGUAUCCAAUCUCUUCUAAUUCAAUAUCCGUUCAGAUGGUUUUAUAGAUCCAGGCCUAGCCUAAAAUAAUAAAUAAAAAGGAAAGUGAAUAUAAAUAUGUUUUUACCGUUAUGAGAACCUAAAACAUAAAAUUGCAAAAGAAAAAACAUAAGUUAACAACCGUUUAUAUGGAUCUAUAUACAAAUGUUGUUGAAAAAGAUUAAUUAAAUUUAACUUUAAAAGUUGCUGCUCGUUUCUACAUCUCACUAUGAUUUUUUUAUGGUUGUUCCAUAUGUUCCAAAUCUUUCUUAUAAUUGCCUAGUUGUCUGGACAGCGUUUACAUAAGGCAUGUUAAGCAACAUGCAUGUUUUAUGCCUCUCUACAAAUUUUUUUUUUUGUGAAAGUACAAAUACUUAAGCUACUAAACUGGAACAGCGUGAGGUAAAUUAUAUAUGGAUAGUUUAAAGAUAAAAUAGCAUCUUAACCGCCGUUCCAAUUCCUUUUUAACAACAUGCACCGCACGUUGUCUCUCCAGCCCAAGAAAAAGUACAUCAACAUUUCUCUAUUUCAUUCAUUUGCACCAACUAAAAAACAUGGAUAACAUAAACUAUUUUUUGCAAUUCUUUGAUUAUUGUUUUGUUUGUUUCAUGCGGUGGUGAAAGAACAAAGACAAAGGAAAACGAAAAUACUAGUUCUUGAUAUGUAUGUCUCUUUGGCUUUCUUCUCCUCCAUUUGUGAAUUGCAUUUGCUUCUUUUUUGGGUAUAUACAAUUUGAGAAAAUAAAAAAAAGUGUGUGGGGAGAGCAACUGAGAGGUGUAAUUGGGAAUGGUGCGGACAUUAGGACGUAAACUAAGCUGGCCAAGAUCUUUCAGUUUUAGAAAGAUGUUUGAUGGUCGGAACAAAGGACAUUCAUCCUUCCCUUCUCGCAGGGACUCCAAGCAAAUCCCUGAGCAGGAACUGACCAUACAUGGGAUGAAUCCUGCAUCAUCAUCUCGUAGAGGCAAACAAGCUAGGACAUCAGGUAUUCAUCACAUAUUCAUACAUCUCAUUUGCUAAAUAACUAUUUACGCAUAAUUUCUGUUUACAUAUAUGUUAAAAUUUUCUAUUAAUAUUUGAUCAGAUGCGUUACAUUUAAAGUCAAUAGUAGGUUAAAAUUAUUUCAUGUUAGAUUCCUUGCACCAUAUAUGUGUUCAUAAAUUCAUAUAUUUCAUUUGCUAAAUAACUGUUUAGCUCAUAAUUUCUGGCUAUAUAUAUGUUAAA